AUGUCUACGAUCGACUGCUCCGACCGACGGGGCUUCGCCUCGAGCUCAUCCAACGAUGGCUCGUGGAUCGAACACGAGACGCCCUCCGAAGCAAAGUCGACCGAUAGUACUCGUUUUAGUCGCGUCCGGCUUCCGUCACCACCUCCUCCGCCAGCAUCUUUGCGACCGGACGUGGUCUCUCUUGAUGCCCCUAUAGCCUGUUUUCCUACGCAAGCAGAACCCGAUACAUCUCGUCGUCCUUGUGCAGCCUUUCAGGCAUCGGGGCCGACAACUCCGCGUCCUUCGUCUCACGAAGCUCGAAACGGGGCACCCAAACAUUUUCCUCCUCCUCCUCCUCCUCCGCCGCCGCCGCCUCCCGGGGUUCGAUCGCCCUCAUAUACCUCGUUUCUGCAUCCGCCACCGCUGUCUCUGCUGCCGCCGCCUCCUCCCGGAGCUCGACCAUCCCCGUAUACCACGUCUUUACAUCCUCCACCACCCCCUCCACCGCCGCCGCUCCUGGACAUGGGCCUUAAGGGUAGAGGACUGGCGAACAUCCCGGUUCUAAGGAGUCUAUCUCCGUCCAUGUCGCCAUCCUCGGGGUCUUGGCAUCAUGAGUACACUAGCUCAGAUUCCGAAACUAGCUCCAUGGAGGCCGACUACCUUGAACAUCAAAAUAGGACCACGUUUCCACCCCUUUUGCCCAGUGCGCAAGGGCGGGCGCUCGAGAGGAAGCAAAUGACUGACUCGAUCACAAACAAAGUCUCGCGUCUCGAAAACUCCCGGGUGUCCGUUCCCAGCCUUGUUGCCUCUGAUGCAUCGUCAGCAGUAUCAGUAGCGUCACUGGAGGAUGAUGGUGUGCAAGGGCUGUGGGUUCAGAUGAAAGAUCGCCGCCAGCGUCUGAACUCGCUCAAGCAGGACAUGGCCACCAAGCGCAAGGCUCUCCAGGAGCUGCGUCGCAGGAAAGACGAAGCCGACAACACGUUCAUGAAAAUGCUCCGUCCUAUCCUUGUCAAGGACCGGCGGGGUCUAACAGGAGCGUCCGACGAACUGCUGGACGAACGCUUUGCGGAGAUGCAGUCACUUCGUACAGAGUAUCACUGGCUUGAGUCUGGGUAUGAGGGACACGAGUUCGCGCUAGAUGAAGAAGAAGUCGAACUCAUCAAUAUUGAGACGAGAUUCUUCAGUCUCUUGGCUGCUGGGAACAGAAGGAAUAUCCGCUCGUCCAUUCGUAGGGACGAUCUUGAGGAUGACGAAUCGGAGGAUUCGGCAGAUUUGCCAUAUGAACUGAGGGGUAUCUCCCGUCAUGGUCCAACUGAAGAUGCCCAUCCACUCUGGGAAGACCUAGUGUCUGCGGUUGGGGAUUUGAGCAACGCCAAAGAGGAGUACGAGGACCUCCUCCUAUACCACAAUCAAUAUGCCUACAGUAUGGACGUCAAAAAAUAUGCUGGGUUGACGCCUAGCGCAGAGGAGGUCGAGUUUAUGGACGAGUUUCCGGAAGAAGAGCGCGAGAAGCGGGAAUAUGUCGAUCGCCUAACGGAGGAGGUGGGCAGACUCAAGGAGGUUUGCAAGCGGAAGGGGGCAAUGAAAAAGCAUCCGUCCUUCAAAAUCGCGUAUGCUCUCGACCCAAACAUUGGGGAGGAUUUGUCACUAGACAGCCUCCCUCCACAGUCGGGGUCUCUCGCCCAUUGGCAGUUCCCAGAGCUUCUGUCCCAUCCAGACCACGUUCUCCGAGCAGAGCCCUCAACAGCUGUGGAUGAGUUGAAACGCGCUGCGAAACUUCCCGCCGACAGCCCGGUAAGGAAGGCACAGCUGCACGCGGCCCAAAAGGAGUACGGCAUCUCGAGGCUAGUCAGCGAGUUCAAGGAGGAGGAUAAAUCCGACUUCAUCACCAGGUGGCUUCUGCACCAGCUGCGGACGUCACCCCUUGCAGUCGAGCUCCUAUACUCGACAUUCGUCCAAACGAUUCGGUUAAGGAUUGUGAACCUACAGCGUUGGCAGCAAGAUGUGCUCUUCCACUGGUGGAGAGACGGUGCUAUCAAGCCGCCCGACUACUUCUUUGGCCCGCUCACGGGAAGUGGUAGAGUAUGGCAUGGACAUGAAGCUCUUCCGGAGCGUAGCACACAGCUUUCGUCACGGAAAGUAGCAGCGGAAGAGUGGUCUAGCGGUAACCGGCAGAUAUGCGAGGAUGCGAGCCGGUCGACGGCGAUCUGUUGA